CUCUCUCUCUCUCUCUCUCUCUCUCUCUCUCUCUCUCUCUCUCUCUCUCAUUCACCUUGUUCUCCAGAAGGAUUAAAUAACGAACUUUCAGUCGCAACGUUGAGGAACUUCGACGAAUUGGGCGAUAAGACGAAAGACAUUGCUGUACUCAGAGAGUUUGUGAACUCCCAUUUCAAUCCUCCCGGAUCUGAGCUCGUGGAGUGGUUCCCUCGAGAUUGGGUUGACUUCCCUUCGACUUUUUUAAACAUACACGAUUACCACCAUCGACGGUGGGCGCUCCAUUUACACCGAAUUUGGAGAGAUCUUUGCAGACGGGUUCGCGAUGACGUACGUAGACAUCAGGAUCACUAUUCUCUUUUAUAUGUACCUCAUCCUUUCAUUAUACCUGGUGGACGGUUCAGAGAAUUCUAUUACUGGGAUUCGUUUUGGAUAUUGAAAGGCCUUAUUUUCUCAGAAAUGUACGAAACAGCGAGAGGAAUCAUUAAAAACCUUGCAUUUAUGGUCGAUAACCAUGGAUUUGUGCCAAAUGGUGGCCGUGUCUACUAUCUCACACGUUCGCAGCCACCGCUUUUAAUACCAAUGGUUUAUGACUACUUUCUCGGUACCGGUGAUUUGGAUUUCGUUUUGGUGAGUUGC